AUGUCUCGUGGUAAUCCUUCAGCAGCAUUAGAAAAUACACUUUUCCAACUAAAAUUUACUGCUAAGCAGUUAAAGAAGCAAUCUCAACGUGCAGCUAAAGAAGAAACUCAAGAAACAAAUAAGUUAAAGAAGGCAUUAAAUGAUGAUGAAGAGAUCGCCAAAAUAUAUGCAUCUAAUGCUAUAAGGAAAAAGAAUGAAAGAUUACAGUUAUUGAAGCUGGCCUCAAGAGUGGAUUCUGUAGCCUCAAGAGUCCAGACAGCCGUUACUAUGCGGGCAGUAUCAUCUUCCAUGGCUAAUGUUUGUAAAGGUAUGGAUAAAGCUCUUGCAAGUAUGAAUUUGGAGCAAAUAACAAUGGUUAUGGAUAAAUUUGAAAAACAAUUUGAGGACUUGGAUGUGAGUGUGAACGUCUAUGAAAAAAUGGGAACAAGCUCAGAUGCAGUCAUGGUCGAUAACGAUAAAGUAGAUGAAUUAAUGGCAAAGGUUGCUGAUGAAAACGGAAUGGAAUUGAAACAAUCUGCACCAGUUGGUGCAUUACCAACAAUAGCCCAGGAAGCUGAUAAAGUUGUUGAUGAAGAGAAAGAAGAUAAGCUGGCACAGAGGCUAAGAGCUCUUCGUAGUUAA